CAUAUCCGUUGUUCUUCGCAAGUUCGUGUCUGCCUCGCACCGUCGUCAACACUGACUACCAUGCUUCAUCGUGCAGUGGAGGAGAUAUCGACGGGAUCCGACUCGGAUUACUCCAGCUCAUGGAUAUCUUGGUUCUUAUCCUCCAAGGGCAACGAAUAUUUCUGUGAAGUGGAUGAAGAUUUCAUUCUGGACCGAUUCAAUUUGACUGGGUUGAACAACGAGAUCGUCAACUACCCCCAAGCUCUGGACCUUAUUACCGAUAAUCUUGAUGAUGAUAUUCAAGACGACUUCCGCGCCUCUCUCGAUGUUCAAGCCAGACUUCUGUACGGCCUCAUACAUGCCAGAUGGAUUGUUACCACACGGGGCCUAGCCAAAAUGCUCGAAAAGUAUAAACGCAUCGAAUUCGGCCGGUGUCCACGUGUUCUCUGCCAACAGCAACCUCUCCUUCCCGUAGGUCUAACCGAUGUUCCGUACGAGAAGUCGGUCAAAUUGUACUGCGGACGUUGUGAGGACAUAUACUCACCCAAGUCGUCCCGACAUGGAUCCAUUGAUGGAGCCUACUUUGGAACGACAUUUCCCCACCUGCUGUUCUUGGUAUAUCCCACAUUAAUUCCUCCCAAGACCGGCCCACCAACAGAAGGCGCUGCAAGCUCCCGUGAAGGCGUGGAUUCUUCAGGGAGACGAAGAAGGGGGGUUCGGGAAGAGGUUCAAGAAGUUGUUGCCAGUGACGGGGGAGAAGGCGUUAGUACUGCUAGUGUCGCGCUCAAAGCUGACAGAUACAGGCCGAGAAUUUAUGGAUUCCAAGUGAGCGAGAUUGCAAAAUUGCAGAGAUGGCAGGAGGCAGUUAGAGAUCGACAAGUGGCGCGGUUAGAGGCCCUUGAAUCCAGGAACGAGGUAUAACUUAUGUGCUGUGUGCUGUACGUUGUAAUUCCUUCUACAAUACCCCUGGAGUAGCUUUCCCUUGGUGUAUACUACACAAUACAUCCAGACUUGCUUCAAAAAUCAAAUAGAAAUAGCAAU